AUGGCAGCCUCCGAAACAGGUGUCGAGCGCAAAGCGCUGGUCGACUCACGAGGCAUAUACAUUUCGCAAGCUCCAGUCCCUGUGUCUGCUGCGGCGUGCUGCAACAUCGGAAGGGCUGCGGCGCGUCACCACUUUCUCAGGGCCUCGAUCAGCGCUAUCAACUACACGUUCAUCGACGUCAAAACAAACGCUACGGCAUCGGAACAUUUGGAACUCAAACCGAUUUUGAGUAUUGCCUUCCCGAAAGUCAGCGCUGAGAGCCGCUGCAAGGCGUCCAGCGGGUCAUCUCGAUACUCGGCCUUCAAUUCGUGCGUUAGCGACGGAUCCGCCAUCGUGCCGUUGGCUGAAGCCGGGCCGAACAAGAAGCGGACCGUGUUGCGUCGAGCUUGGGCCUGCCCUAUCGCCUAUCGCCAAGCGAGCAACAGAUGA